AUGCACCUAAAUAUAAAGGUUUUGCAUAGUAUACACCUAUUUGUAAAGUUCUUUGCACCAAGUGGGGAUGUGAACCCCAAGUUCAAGGCUUAUGGGAUAGUGGACACUGAGAGCUGUGAUAGUUGGACAUAUUUCAAGAGAUGCUUGAGGCAGAUGUUUGAGCAAGAGGGUUGCAACAAAGAUGAUUGGACCUUCAUCAGUGACAGAAUGAAGGGAGUUGACUUGGCAGUGAGAGAUACUUUUCCUAGAGCUACUAGGAGAGUUUGCUGCCAACACUUGUACAUGAAUUGCAAAAACAAUGGAUUUAGUGGAUCUGCUUUCUUCAAACUGUUUUGGAUAGCUGCAAAUGCACACAAUGAGUAUGUGUAUGGUAAAGCAUUAGAGAAGAUCACUGCUCAUGAUCCAAAUGCUGCUGCAUACUUGGACACAUGCCAGGAGGAGUGGUCCAGGCAUAUGUUUGACCCUGCUGUUUGUUGUGAUCACAACACAACAAACUUUGUGGAGUCAUUCAAUGCAUGCACAAAACCAUACAGAGACAUGCCUGUAUUCUCAUUGUUGGAAGCAAUCAGAAAGUGGUGUAUGGAGAGGGUUGGGGCAAGAUUUGACAUGGCAAUUGAUAUGGAGGAUGGUCAGUUGACUGAGUAUGCCAAGAAAGAGGUGGAUGAAAGAACAGGAGAGUCUAGGUUCUGCUAUGCUACAGCCUGUGGUGGGGGAGAAUUUGAGGUCAGAGAUGCACAUGUGAACUUCUCCAUCAGGUUAUCAACUAAAAGAUGUGGGUGUGGGAAGUGGAAAAUUUCUGGAAUCCCCUGCAAGCAUGCACUCAGGGUGAUUUAUGACCAAAGGCUGAACCCCAUUGAUAUUGUCUCCCCAUUCUUCAAGUCUGCUGCAUACAAGCUUACAUAUGCAGACCACAUUCACCCCAUGUCAGACCCAACACAGUGGCCUAACUUUUCUCUCCCUACCAUUCAGCCUCCAGUCAUCAAAAGACAAGCUGGCAAACCUGCUAAGAAGAGAAAGAGAGGACCAAAUGAACCCAGGAAGGGGAAGAGGAACAGCAAUGUGAAAUGUGGAAAGUGCAGGGAGUUUGUUCAUAACUCAAGGACAUGUAAGAAUGGAGGACCAAGCACUGGACCAAGCACUUCAGCAGCAGCAGGAGCAAGUACAUCACAAGGGGGUCCAAGGGGGGAGGAAAAGAGCAAACACAGCAACUUAACCAUGCACAAAGUUAAAAGUUAG